AUGAGCUCCCGACAAGGUUUCCAUUACCCCCAGCCAAUGAGCCAGAGGCGCAUCUUGGGCUUGCAAUCAAGUUUGAAUCGCACCUCAGGUCGAUCACUGAAUUCUACCGGGAAUUCCAGCGCGGCCCUUCGCAAAAGUAACAGCCGUCUUUCCAUGAGCUCCAGCUCGGAUACAACACCCGUUAUACAAAACAACAACAUUAGCAAACGUCGAUUUAUCCCGCCUAGUCGACGGGUCGACAACGGAGAUGAUGAAAUCAGCAUCGGUCCUCCACAUUAUCGGGGAGCUGCAGUUAAACGCAGUGAGGACACCAAAGCUAGAGGACACAAUCAUUCUCCCAAGACUGCAUGUCUUAGACACACCCAGAAGCCCCUUACUCCUACUCGACCAAAACUAUCACCCGCACGUUCUCGUAACCGGCUGACGGGAAUGAUGAUCACGAGCGCCCGUCCGCCAUCUUUGCGCCAUUUGGAUCAGGGUGAGUCGACGCGCUCUUUCUUGUCGGCUUCCAGCACCGGGGGAACCAUCAUGACUGGUGGUGGCUUGAGUAAGGCUGAGUCUAACCGCUCAAUGGAUUGUUCCAGAAAGUCUGGUGAGCGUUCGGAAUGUCUGCGAUCCAUGUGGAGUAGGGCGGAAUCGGCUAGGUCACUUUCGUCCUUUCAUAAUUCCGCCGCCGGGACUACUGCUCCUGACGACGGGAGUCUAAUGGAUCGAGCAGAAUCCAACCGUUCAUUUUGCUCAUAUUCUACCCAAGCGGAAUUUGAGUUUUUUGCUGCCUUGCAAGCAGCAAAUGCGAGCAGCGCAGGUGCUGAAACAAGUAAUGUAGACCUCAGCAGCACUCCGAAUCACCUACACAGUGAUAGCAGUGCUCGUACACCCACACCUCCGGAUUUGUUGCGUUUGACAACGCAGUCAUCGGUAAGACGCUUGGUGAAAACCAAGAUAAGCUCGGCACCACUUCGCAGCCGUCGUGUCCCAUCUCUAAACUCCACAGAUCGUCCCGACAACCCGGUAGCAAUUCAAUUGCGCCAGCAGAUUAGUACUGGGACCGCAGUGAGUGGCAAAAGCGGUGGUGGCCAUACUAAUGCUUCGAUCAGCAGCCAAAGCGGACUCGCUUGCUCCACAGUGGGCAGUGCGGUGUACCUUAGUGACGACGACGAUUCUUCGCUCUGGGUAGACGAGGUUCCUACUGUUUUGACAGCCCGACGAUCGACAGGAUCCAUCCAUUCGCGAUCCAGCCCUGGAUGCUUGGAUAAUGGUAGCACACUCUUUCUGUGGCAUCCCUUACCCGGACGAAGUUUUGAACCGUUUCGACGGGCCAGCAUGUAG